AGGAGGAGGAGGAGGAGGAAAUGUGUCAUGUUGAAAUUCAAGUCUGUUUGGGGCACUGAGAAGAUUCAUUCAUUUUAAAAAGCCUUGGCCAACGCUUAGGACCUUCGCGAUUCAGUGAGGGGUGUGUUUUGUGCGCCUUUUGCCUGCUCCCCGUCCCAUCCCGUCCCCUGAGGCUGCUAUAAUGCUGUUGGACGAUACGCCGCUGUUUGAGCCGUCGCUGCUGACGGAGCUGGACUGGGAGAGCUGCAAGGUGGGCUUCUCUCCCCCCAUCUCCCCCUCCCAGCCUGGGGAAGGCCUGCUGCUCAGACCCCUCUGCACCGCUGACUUCAACAGAGGAUACUACAAAGUACUGUCUCAGCUGACGGUAGCAGGCGAUGUGACUCCGGAGCAGUUUAUGAAGAACUUCGAGCACAUGAAGAGGACCGGGGACUAUUACAUCAUCGUGGUGGAGGACACGCAGCUCGGACAGAUAGUCGCCACGGCAACGCUCAUCUUGGAGCACAAAUUCAUCCACAGCUGUGCAAAGAGAGGACGUGUGGAGGAGGUGGUGGUCAGCAGCACAUGUCGAGGGAAACAGCUGGGUAAACUGUUAGUGUCCACCCUCACUCUGCUCAGUAAGAAACUGCAAUGCUACAAGAUCACACUGGAGUGCUCGCCCCACAAUGUGGAGUUUUACAAGAAGUUUGGCUACACGGCGUCGGACGAAUCUUAUAUGCAGUGCCGCUUUUUUGAGUGAACCCUGAAGUCGAGUCAUCACUGUGAAGAUCUGUCGGCUGGCCUUCGGUGUGUGUGUGUGUGCUUUUGGCACGCGGCAUCACACUGUGUCCCUUAGGAAAAACGUGUGUGUGUGUGUGUGUGUGUGUGUGUGUGUGUGUGUGUGUGUGUGUGUGUGUGUGUGUGUGUGUGUGUGUGAAUGUGUGUGUGUGUGUGAAUGUGUGCCUUGAAAGCCCAAACACCCCAUCUUUUAGACAGUAGUAACACCUUGGUGACGAGCCUACCUUGGCAACUAGCCUUACAAGGAUUGGCUUACCUUGGUGACUAGCCUACCUGGUGACGAGCCUACCUUGGCAAUGCACUCUCUCCCGUCCUCUUUCUCUUCCUCUUCCUCAUCCAGGGCCCGAGUCCCAAUGGUUUGCCAGUCACCCCUCAAUUUGUGCACUGCACUGCACUACACUACACUAUAGGAACCUCUCAUUGACUUGCAUGUGCUGACCAUGCGGAAGAUUGUCUUAACAUUUUUGUGGAACAGAAUUAAGUUGGGUUUCAAAAUAAGUAAAAAAUAAUAAUAGACGUUUAAGGUAGCAUCAGUCUACUAAAGUACAUGCAUGUUAGUGUUCUCUCAUGCAGAAAGAUAUACAAAGCCUCUUUUGGAACAGGCAAUCAAAACGUUGGUACUUGAACGAGGACAAAAAGAACAACAACAAAAAUGACUCAGCUGUACAUCAUCUCGAAUGUAAUUUAUGUGAUGGAACAUUUUGUAACGUUUAGUCAUACUAUCCAAAGAUGCAAUUUAAACAAAUCUUGUUAAUAUAUACUUUUUUGAAAACACUUAAAAUACUUUUUUUGUAUUUUGUUCUGGGAUUAGGUGUUGUAACAGAUAAAAGCUCACUGGUCUUGAUGUACACAUGUAUUUCUUACUGAACUUUGGGUUAAACAUUAUAGAAUGAAUUAUUGGAGCGGUGUAAUUGUUUAGUUUACUUUUAGAUUUAAGUCUUCUAUUUCUUUGCUGUAACGCAACAGUAAUUUAUUAUGGUGGUGAAGGUAUCUGACAGUUAUUGUAUCAGAUUCAUCUACUGGAUAAGCUGAAAAUUAAACUGGUGUUAAAAACACCAAACAGAAAGAACACAUGAAGGACUAUUUUCAUACUGUAUACUAGGUGUUCUCAAAAUGUCCAACUGUUAUUAAAAACCUAUUUAUUUAA